CUUGAGAAAAUGAUCAUGCCGCCGUCUCUCGUACAAAUCGAUGCCAGUGAACCUCUUGACAACAUUAUCGAUGUUAUCGAACGAGAUGGUGGGGUUAUAGUCACUAACUUCCUAUCGCCAGAGCUUUUGAAAGAGUCAAUGGAUGCUAUCGAGCCUUGCUUCUCUGGUCGAAAACUGUAUGACUCGAAGGCCACACAUGAAGAGCUUGGUGCCGACUUCUUUCCAGAAGGGUCCCAACGUGUCUAUGGAUUGUUGGCGAAGAUGCCAGAUCAGUUGACCAAGAUCAUGCGACUUACAGUAUGGCAGGGAAUCAUGGCACACUUCUUGAACGAUGAGUUCGCUUCAUACACGGGAGAGACUCUUGUACCCCAGAAGAGUGGGUACAUGCUGGCGUCGACUGCAGCUCUACGCCUAGUACCAGGUGCUAAGCCUCAACCACUGCAUCGAAUUGCAUAUCAAAUCAGGCCUGACCCUGACAACCCUCUCUUCACGCCGAUGGUUGGAUGCUUGAUUGCAGGGUCGAAGUGUACCUACAAGAACGGCGUAANNGCUACGGCUGUCAUCCCAGGAAGUCAUCUAUGGGGAACAGAUCGGGCUCCUAAGGUAGAUGAGGUGACAUAUGCCGAGAUGGAGCCUGGUUCCGCUCUACUCACGCUUGGUUNCAACAUACCAUGGCGCUGGAGAGAACAAAUGCGGAAAGGACGAUCCCGACGCUUUGCGGACCCUGUUCGCAGUUUUUGGAGAGACUACUACCGUCAAGACCAGGAUGGAGUCAUCUCGACCCCUAUAGAGAUUGCCCGCAAAUUGCCAGAAGAUAUUCUCAGACUGGCAGGAUACUACAAAUCUGUCGGAGGCGUCGGCUAUGUCGAAGAUCAUCAGAAUCCUGUCGAGUUUCUGCAAAGCAAUGAGACCGGUAUUGGAAAGUACGAAACAGGCGCUACCCAAAUGGCGAUUUAG